UAAUCUUUCAUAAACCCUCCUCAUACAGUAUAAUGUCAAUGUGUUUCCUGUCUCCUCCCUCGGUCAAACUGUUGCUCAUAAGGGGGGCGGUCAGGGGUGAGGGUCUCUUAAAAUUCUUUCACUUCUCCAUCCAGCAGCUCAGUAGUUUUCUGUUCAUGACUUCAGUCGUGUGGUGUGAAUAUGUGUUCACUGGGUUUCGCCCGGUCUUUGGGUUUUGCUCUUUUACCUUUGGCCAUCUGCUGUAUUGUGGGUAAUGUCCUGCUCUUCUUCCCUGAUGCACAGGUGAUUUAUGUACAGGAGAAUCAUGUGACUUCAUAUGUAUGGUACUUUAUGGGAAUCGGAGGAGGUGGUUUGGCUAUCUUGAUUCCAGCCUUUGUGUUUUUGGGAAUGAGUAAAUGUGCAAAAAGCUGCGGGACCGAGAGCUGUGCGAUGUGUGGUUCAGUGAUAGCAGCUCUUGUAGGAUUAGUCGGAUCUGGAUAUUGUUUCCUGAUCUCUGCCAUAGCACUGUUGAAGGGACCAUAUUGCUUUACCCAGGCGGAGGGAUGGGUGUCUCCCUUUGAGAACGAUGGUGCUAAGUAUCUGUUUGCCCGUGAUACGUGGUCUGAAUGCGAUCAGCCCAGACACAUAGUGGAGUGGAACGUGACGCUGUUGUCCAUCCUGUUGGGUCUCAGUACAAUAGAGUUUCUCAUCUGUCUCAUGCAGUUUACCAGUGGGUUGGUUAAUGCUGUCUGCAGACCCUGCUGCUAUAAGCAGGAAUAUAGUUUGAAUGCAUGAACAUCAAGAAUGGUAAAGACGACUUCUCAGCCUGUGAAUCACACGCGCGCGCGCACACACUGCCAAAAAAUGAUUUUAUUAAAAAAAAAAAAGUAUUUUUGUCUUGUUUUCAGUAAAAAUAUCUAAAAAUUCUUAAAUUAAGAUGCUUUUUCUUGAUGAGCGAAACGACCCAAGAAAAUAAGUCUAGUUUUUAGACCAAAAAUAUCAAAUUUACCUGAGGGGUAAGCAAAAUUUUCUUGCAUUUUUCUAGAAUUUUUCUUGAAUUAAGAAAAUUUUUCAAGAUUUCUUUGCUUACCCCAUUGGCAGAUUUUUUUUGCUUGUUUUAUGCCCAAAAUCACUUAAAUGUAAUAUUUGUGGUCUAAAA